AUGAGAAUUAUCGCCAUUCUCUUGACAGCUAUUGCUGCCACAGGCGUCGCCUCGUCGCUGAUUGAGCGACACGGUAGCUCCCAUGGCACUGGACCGGCCCGAAAAGAGACCAGAGCCGCCGUGUCGGCGGUUGACGCCACAUUGGAUGACCCCCCGUCAUUUAUCGAUCCUGACGAUCCUGACGAUGAUUACGAUCGUAUUAUCGAUGUACCAGGAGAUCCUGUAGAUGACGAUGACGAUGAAGAUGAAGAUGAAGAUGAAGAUGAAGAUGACGAUGACGAUCCGGAAGAUGCACCGAUAAGCUCCACAACAACAACUCGAUCAAGCUCAACGACAAGUCCUCCAACAAGUUCAAAAACAACUCUCACCAAAAGCUCAACGACGAGUCGUCCCACGAGCUCCAAGACAAAUACUCCCAAAAGUACAACAACGGAUUCUGAAGCAAGCCCGCCGACUGAUCCCCCCGAAACCGAUCCUGAAGACCCACCUGUAGUUCCGCCCAAGCCUGACGAUCCGCCCACAGAAACACCCGUGCUUCCGCCGCAGCCCGAUCCCACGGAUUCACCGGGCAAUGAUGAUCCAAAGUGCCCAUGGAGGAAGAGUGAACCUAACCCAGACGAGAAACUCCCCUGGUUUAUCAGGAGAUUCUGGUACUGCCUCAAAGAGGCGGGACUCAAAUACCCGGAAAUGAGGGCCGACAUGACCCGCUUGAUGAAAGAAGGGAUCGUCACGGGCUGGGGCUUCGAAGAAAACUGUUACCAAGAGUUUAAGAGAAAUUGGAUCAAAAAGGCAGCUCAGGGGACCACGCACGGCGUGUACGCCGUUUUUAGCGUCGACAGCACCCGCGGCAAUCAGAUCCGCCUUAGCAGGCUCAUAACGGAUUUUAUACCCGUGAGGGACUUUACGUUGUUCACCAUACGGUGGUUGUCAGACUUCGAGAUCUGGGCCAACUUCAAAGCACAUGGCAGACGGCCAAAUCUGUGCACCAAAGAAUUCUCAGCGGGACCUCCCAGGCAAAACGGCGUUCAGAAACGGAGCAAGCUCGCUCAGGAAACGGUACCUCAAAACGGAGCCAGCCGCUCGAGACGCUCAGGGGCAGCGACAGCGAGCUCAGGCACAAGCUACCCAGACCAGCGGCCCCUGGAUUCUGACACGGACUUGCUUGUCUCGACGUCUGCUGACUUCCAAUGGACUGGCCAGGCCUUCGCUCUUUUCUUUUGCGACUUGUCGAAUGGCAAGAUUUGCCUCAGCGGCCAGUCUCAUAUCCGGUCCAGCUCUUCAAGCGCCACCAUUAUAACACCGGCCAAACCCAUCAUCCUUGACGAGCUGGACUCUCUGAUUGGCGCUCCAAGAAUCUCGGGCUCGGCAUCAUGGUCCAAGCUUGAGGAACUCGAUGUGCAACUUGUAGAGGAACUCGGCCACAACUUGCAAAAUCAUCGUCUGUGGAAAAGCAUUUCUCACAUUCCAGUCAUACCUCCGUUCUCGAAAACGUUGCUCAUCAAUGACAGGAUCUCAGACUUGUUUGGGGCUUCAAAGCUGCAGAAAAUUCUGCGUCGUGUGCUCGAGCGUCGCUUCGGCGGCAAGCUGAAUCACCUUAAAGUGUCUGAGCGUUUCUAG